AUGGAAGGCGACCUUUCUGGCCAGAACGCCAUUGACGUGCACAUGGAGCCAGCAAUGCAAUCACGCGUUGCUGACGCUCUGGCAGAGCUGAGUGCGCUGUGGCAGACGUUUGGACUAUCGGAGCGAGAGCAGCUGCAGGAACAGACACAGCUGAUUGCAACUGUCGAGAAGUGCUGCCGAGCCAAAGUGGAGACGUGGCGGGACCAAGUCACGACUGCUACCGCACGAGUGACUGCACUGGAAAAAGAGGUGCAGAGGAUCAAUGGGCAGCUUCAGGGCAAAGAUUCCGUCGGCUGGUGCGUGCAGUCGCUCGACCAGCUCUGCAGCGGUGCACUCCGUGAUAGACUUGCAGCACUCGAAGUGGAGUUCGAGCUCUUGGAUCGGGUUCGCGCCAGACGACUAGCUGACGUCGAAAGGCUGCACGACCAUUUGGGUCGAAUGGACAAGAAGCUCGGCACAACGUCCGAGCUGCCUUCUGGUCCGUCCACUUUGAGCGAAGAGUACAAAGAGACUCUACACGACAUGAUCAAGCGCAAGUCGCGUGAAGUGUAUUCACGGAGAGCUGCCCUUCUGGGCGCUGUAAGUGAGUGUGUGGAGCUCGCUAGAGAGCUUCAGAUUGAGACGAAAGACACGUUCGCGCACGACCUUACUGCACGAUUGAAGAAACGAGAGAUGUCGACUGACAUGCUUGAGAAGAUUUUUCUGAGGACUGCCGAGCUGCGAGGAGUAAAGGAUGCACGGAAGUUGCGUCUGACGGAGAAGCUCGGACAAAUACACGAUCUGUGGCGGGAGUUAAAGAUUUCCGACGAGGAGCAAGAGCGUUUUCGAUUGACGAUUCAUGGAGUUGGCAAAGCUACAAUUGCGUCGUGUGACGCGGAGUUGAUAAGACUGCAACGUCACCACAAACGAUUUGCUGCUAUUGUGGUCCAAGUCGCAACGUUGCGCAACGCCAUUACUGAAUACUGGAAUCUAUUGGGCUACGAAUCUGACGAUCGUGAGUAUUUCACCACCACGAUGACGACUCCGGACUCGGCGCUGUCGUACAGAGUUUUCCGUGCUCACGAAAAAGAAGUUGACAGGCUGAAAAAGCAACUGUCCACGAAGAGGGUCCUCUCUCAGUAUAUCGCCAAACGCGAGGAAAUUCUACAAGCUCGCGCGAAACAUGGUGUGCCAGACGAGAAAACGCGCGUACGAAUUGAGCGGGAGCUGCCAAAAUACACUGCAAUCUUAGCAAAUCGCAUCGCGAAGUGGCAGAAUGACACUGGUGUAGUUUUUCGUUACAAAGGCGCGUCGUACCUAGAGCUUAUGCGGACGGAGGACAUAAAGGCAGGUAAAGCGGGUCGCAAGACUGAACAGGCUCAGGCACAAAAAAAGUAUGCACAGCAGGCGCAAGCAAACUUGUCCUGUUCGGGUGGUCCUACCGAUCAAUGGCGUCAUGUCCAGCAAAGCAACCGCCACUCAGUUGAGGAACAUGUCACGUCACGUCUAUCUGUCACGAAGGAGCAGUUCCAACAACGCCGCUCUGACCCACAAGCUCCGAUUCGCCCCCGAUGGCGAAAGUUUAUUCGCAACACGUUCUCGAGACACGACGGCUCGUAG